UCCGCCCCAAGCAAGCAGCUCCGCGGCGAUAUGAUUCGAUCGAUCGGUACCGGCGAAGGUCCGGGGCGAACUCCAGAAUCAUUUUCAUUCGUCGUGGGAGUAAGCUGUGCUAGAUUUAGAUGCUUUUCUCCGCGACGAAGGAAAGAGGGGGAGAUGAUGCAUGCAGUAGGUAAGACCUGCAACUACGUCAUCGGGCUGACGCACCGCAUCGCUACGCCCCCAUGUAAACACAUACAAGACCUAUCCUCCCCCACCCUUCUUCCAAAAGAAACAUCAUCACAAUCACUUUCUCGAAUCCUUUUCAACCCGAACAAAAACCUUGAGAAUUUGAUAUCCGUUCCUUUUUCCAAAACAGAGGAACAACCCAGACUCGUCUACACAGCCAAUAUGUCUGACCAGAACCAGCAGCAGCAGCAGAGCAAAGGAUUCUUCGGAACCGCAGCAAGUGGCCUUGGUAAUACCCUCGGUGCCGCCUCAGACACCGUCGGCAAAGGCGUUGGAGGCGCAACAAACACGCUCGGUAACACAGUCUCUGGACUGGGUAAGGGACUUGGAGACACCGUCACUGGCGUCACUGGUGGAUUGGGAGAUACCACCAAGUCGGCUGGCGACUUCGUUACCGGAACUACUAAGGCUGGAGGCGAGAGUCUGGGCAUCAAGAAGAAUGAGCAACAGCCGUCAGGGAGCAAGUAGAUGGGAGCAUCAGCGAGGAUUCGGGAGGAAGAGAGUAUAGAGUGGAUGUAGACCGUCCUCCACAUUGCGGAUAGCAAUAAGAAGACAGCAUCUAUAGUAAUGGUGAUAGAGGCCUUUAAGCGCAGUCGUACAAGGUGAUCUGACGCUCUGUACAGUGGCAGCUGUACGAGCUUUAAAUCAUUAACACCGAGUGGUAAUAUUGUAUUGUAAUUGAUUAUAAAAGACAAAGAUCGACACCAUAACACAUU